CUCGGCCUUCCUCUCACGAGAAUAAACGAAGCGCGGCGGGAGGAGGGCGAGACUUGGCGGAAAGAGGGAAGGAGCGUCUCGGCGGCGUCUGCGUUCGGGCCAUGGGCAAGAAGCACAAGAAGCACAGGGGGGAGAAGUACCCGUAUGAAGGUGCCGCCCCUCCUUCCUCCCGGGGCUGCUAAAUAGGUUGAUAAUGAGGGGGCGGUGGGUUGUGCGGUGCUGUUGUGUGGUGUGUGUGCGUGUGUGAGAGAGCGUCUGGGGUGUUUGUGGUCCUCCCCCGUCCACUUUGAAGCCAUAGAUCGGGGCGGGAGUCGUUCUGUGAGGGAACCGGAUUCUGAGGGGGAUUUUUAGGAGGAAGGGGCCUCCUCCUGUGGGUGUGGGGGGAUAUCUAUAUCUAUUUUAUUGCAUUUGUUUCCCCCCUUCCCAUGAGCUCAGGGUGGCAUAUACACGGUUCUCUCGCCUUCCUCAUUAAAGCCACACAACAACCCUGUGAGGUAGGUCAGGUAGAAGAAAGGUAUGUGCUGUGGAGACUCUCAUGGGCACCUGAGGGUCCCCUGCACCCUGGACCUGUUCCUGCAAGUAUUAAUCAAACAGCUAAUUAAUUGAAUUAAUUUUGCCCCAACAUACACCCACUCCCACCGUUCCGAUCUGUGGGUCUGGCGCCACUGCCGGUGCCACAUAAUGUCCCACUUGUAGGAAAUCAUUCUUUUCAAGUGUGGGUGGUGCCCUGCCCAUUGGAAGUGGCACACCUUUCUUUGUAAACAGCUUUGAGGGUUGGCUUGUUGUUUUUGCGAUCAAGCGGUGCACAAUUUUUAUGAACGGGAAAAAAGAAAAGGAAAAAACAUUCGGCCUACCCGGAUAUGUAGAAUGUUGACCAUGUGUUUUGAUGUGGUUUUGAGCUUAUGACACAGUACAUAAUACGAUAUUUGUGCAAUAUUAAAAUUGAAAUAAAACUUAAGAAUUACAUAAUAAAAUACAGAUUCUCAUAACAGUGACAGCAUAAAAAGGGAGGAGCAACCAGCCGGAUAUCUAAAAUACAAAGACAGUGAAAAAGUGCAAUACCUUCUCUCAAAGAUAGCUGUUAAUCCUGGCCACCCACAGAAAAUGACAGACUGUCCUAGCUCAUCUGUCAGUUGAACUGGGAACUGCACUUACAAUUAACUAUGGAUAUAUAUAUUUUUAAGCCAGCUCCAGAAACCUUUUGAAGUUGUCUUAUUUUAAACUAGCUAUAGUUAAUGGUCCAUUUAACUUGAAGGAUCACCUUGCCCCAUAUGUGCUUCCUGGACUGCUUCAAUCUGCAGAGCUUGCACUUCUACAAGUGCCAUAUAAUAAUUGUUCUCCAUCUAUUAGGUGUUUGUCUUUCAGCACAACAGCACCUAUGCUUUGAAAUGUAUUGCCUAUUAACAUUAAGCAGGCACCCUUGCUACACUCCUUGAUGCCUACUAAAAAUGUUGUUGCAGCAAGCCUACCCAAAUGUAUAAUUUAGUAUUUGAUUUGAAAUUUUACUGGUUGUAUCAAAAAUAAUUUAAAAAACAUUCACUGCAGAUUGUCAUUACAGACACAGUGACAAGCUGUGGUUCAGAUAAAGAAAAGGUUUUAAUUCCCCUUGGCUGCAUGGGAUGAAGAGAGAGACUGAUGGUGACUUGUUCCUUCUCACAUGCAUCAUGCUGGACCAUAGUUUAGUGUGAUAUGUGAACACAGCCAGUGCAUGAAAUGAUCUCAGUUCAUUCCCAAAUUUGCUGGAAAUGCCAUUAUGUCACUGUAAGAAAAGGCAGAACCAUGAACUAGGCUACAACCUACUUCUUUCCUAUGAAAUUUCCCUAAUUUUAAAGACAAUUUCUAUCUUCACUUUCUAGGAAAAAUUCUUGGCAUGGAGGGAAAUGUUGAUCACUCCAAAAUGGUUUUCUUGGCUAUAGUGGCUGUUCUGUGGUGUGGGAAUAUUAAUAUUUUAUCCUUUUUUUAAAAUUGCUGAGAUAAUGACCUUGGUUGCAUGUAAAACAUCAGGGCUAACCAUGGUUUAAUACAAACAAGCAAAUACCCUGUUUCUCAGAGAAACGAUUGCAGCCAUUUUGCUCCUUCUCUGGUCCUCCUGCUGCUGUGAGGUCAGCGAUGGUUUGAUUUUGUGUGUCUGAACUGUGCUCAAGAUUUAUUUCACCUCAGAGAAAACCACGAGCUGUGGCUGAAGUUUUCCUAUGGCUUAAUAUCUGUGGUAUGCCUGGGGCACACAACCACAAGCCUGGGUUCUGGCAUAACACAAAGUCAUAUCAUGACUUAGCUCACAGCAGUGCAGCAGCACAAUACCAGAGGAGCUGCAAAGGAACCUCAGCAAUCUCUCCAGGAACUCGCGCAGUUGCUCAUUCAUACAAAGCCAUGGUUUAGCUUGUUGCUAUAUGUGAACUGGACCACCACAGAGCCUAGGGCUUGCCGAUCAGAAGGUCGGCGGUUCGAAUCCCUGCGACGGGUUGAGCUCCCAUUGCUCGGUCCCUGCUCCUGUCAACCUAGCAGUUUGAAAGCAUGCCAGUGCAAGUAGAUAAAUAGGUAGUGCUCCGGCAGGAAGGUAAAUGAUGUUUCCGUGUGCUGCUCUGGUUCGCCAGGAGCGGCUUAGUCAUGCUGGCCACAUGACCCGGAAGCUGUCUGUGGACAAACGCCGGCUCCCUCGACCUAUAGAGCGAGAUGAGCGUGCGACCCCAGAGUCGUCCACAACUGGACCUAAUGGUCAGGAGUACCUUUACCUUUUUAUAUGUGAACUGAACCAUUGUUUUGUGAAGUGAUUUGAGCACUUGAAAUACUUUGUAUCAGGGAUGAGGAACCUGCAGCCUUCCAAAUUUUUCUAGAUUAAAUCUCCCAUCAUCUAGAGCUGAUGGGCGCUUGGCGUCCAAAUAACAUUGGGGGGCCCAAAGGCUCUCAUCCAUGUUCUGUAUGAAUGCUGAACAAAAGCUUCAAGACUUAGCACUACAGUAUCUUCUUAAAUGCUAUGUUAUAACCUUUCUGUCUCUGACUAGUUCGUUCAUUGUAGUAUUGCAAAAACCAAGUACAAAGCUGCUCCGUGGCAUUCAGAUAUUAAUGGAGCUAAGGUCUACAUGAAGCUUAGUGGUUGCAUGUAAAUUGGCUGGCUAUACAAAGAAAGAUACAUUUUUUUCUAGUAACUAACUGACACCAUUAAAAUAACCCUUAGGUCAAUAUUCUGGGUUCUAUAUAUAUCUUAGCUAUAUAUUCUUGGCUACAUAUUCAUCAAUUUAAUUGCUAAAAACUUUUGUAACCUGAAGUUGGCUAGCCUAUUAGGGUAUGUAGUGCAAGUUUAUUUGUAAUACUUAAACCAGAUCUAUUUCCUGCUUUUCCUAGAAUAUGUAGAAAAGCCCUUAAAGCUGGUUUUAAAGGUGGGAGGAAAUGAAGUCACGGAACUUUCCACUCAGAGCUCAGUACAUGAUUCAGCCCUAUAUGAAGACAAAAAUGACCAUGAAAAACACAAAGACAAGAAAAGGAAGAAGAGGAAAAAAGCAGAAAAGCAAGUUCCUGGAGAAGAAAAGGAAAAAAGAAAGAGAAAAGGAAAGGUAGCUUUCAGAGCAGUUGUUUUGUUUUUUAAUUUGAAUCUUUUCCUUGUGAUAGAUUGUCUUUGGCAGGCUUCUCCAACCUGGUGUCCUCCAAAUGUUUGGGCUGGAGCUGAUGGGAGUUGUAGUCCAAAACUUAUGGUGGGCACCAGGUUGGUGAAGGUUGGUCUUCAGGAUAGUCCUCCUCAAUCCUUUGGAAAGACUUGGGAUGCGGCAUAAAGGGCUGAGUUGGGACUGUGGAAUUAAAACAAUGGGUAAAGGCACUUGCACAAGCAGAAUUGCAUGUGCAGCUUUCCACUUGUGCAAAUUUAGCCCAUACCUCAAAGAUAAACCACCUCCUUUGCAUGCAGAAGGCCCCCUGUUCAGUAUUCAAUUUUAAAAGGACCAGGUAAUGGGAAAGACUGUAUGCCUAAGACCCUGGAGAACCACUGCUGGUCAAGCUAGACAAUACAGUGGUACCUUGGGUUACAUACGCUUCAGGUUACAUACGCUUCAGGUUACAGACUCCGCUAACCCAGAAAUAGUGCUUCAGGAUAAGAACUUUGCUUCAGGAUGAGAACAGAAAUCGUGCUCCGGCGGCGCAGCGGCAGUGGGAGGCCCCAUUAGCUAAAGUGGUGCUUCAGGUUAAGAACAGUUUCAGGUUAAGUACGGACCUCUGGAACAAAUUAAGUACUUAACCCGAGGUACCACUGUACUGGGCUAGAUAGGCAACAGGCUGAUCUGGUAUAAGGCAGCUUCCUAUGAAACACAUCCUUUAAAUAUUAAUAAGCUUGUCCUGACUUAGUGUGUCUUCCAGUAGGUGGAGACAGCACAUAAAGAACAUAUUUGUAAUGUUCCUUGUGUACCUUUAGUAUACUUAUAAUGAAUUUCCACACUGAGUAAACAAAUUGUAAUCAGAUUUCCAGCCACUGGUAUGGAUACUUCUCUCAACAGUUUUGCUUAUAUUUUAUGUCCACAGGAUGAUAAAAAGAAGCGAGAUAGGGACCGGGGUGAAAGUGAAGGAGAAAGAGAACUGAAAUGUCAGACUCCUCUAAGGCUAGACUUGCCACCUGAAAAACCAUUGGCAAGCAGUUUGGCAAAACAAGAAGGUAAGAAAAAGCUGUUUUGUUGUUUCUUUUUAAGCUGUUAGGUAAGUUGAUUUGUUCUGCCUUGCUUCUCAAUUUAUGACGUUGGCCACCUUAAGUGCUUUGUUGUUGAAGAGGAAAGCUGAAUCCUGAAAGUUUUUUAAAAAAUUAAGAUCAGUCUCAAAAUAAAUCUGAAAUAGCAGCAACAUUGUAGCUAUUAGUUCUCUCCGUUACUAACAUGUAAUUGGCCAAAAUCUGAAAAGCUCUCAAGUUUGCUUUCAAAUUGUGGGAGGUUUCUUAAUAGGCUAAAAUGCUUCAUGCGCCUCUGUUUCUAAAAUUGAAAUAAAUGUAUGUUUGAAACUAUGAGAUGAAAAACUUGAAACAGUCAGGAAUACCCCACAAACAUGGUGCAAAGAGUUUUGGCAAGUGCAUCCCAUGGCUGGAUGGGACACUUCUGUGGCCUUAUUCUCUUGAUGACAGGGUGAUAGUGAGGCACACACCUGUCUUUGGCCAUUGAGCCUCCCUGCUGAGCAGGUAUGGCCAGAGUUAAAAAGACUGGCUCGCUUUCCACCUCAGCUAGCUAAGCUGAAGAAGGGAGAAAGGCAGAAGUUCCAAAGGUGAUUGAAGCAGCAGCUCUGAAACAACCCCCUUGCUAUGGCAUAGGCAGAACUAGAAUUGGGGAGCGCACCACCACCUAUGGAAAAGGUCUAAUUUCUUUGUAGUGUGCAUAGUCCUUCCUGUCAGAGCAAUUUAGAGAGCUAACCAGCUUAUGGAACCUCAUGCAUAGAAAAAGUGUUGUUAACAGGAGAAAGCAACUCUUGAUGUGUUUAUUACCUUGCACAGCAGUACUUCAUUUGAAAAUAUAGCAUUUUCUAUUUAGCAUUUCUUAGGUGUGUGUGUGUGUGUGUGUGUGUGCACGCGCAUGCACUCUAGUUAAUAUUUUUCUUUCAUCUUUUUGUCCUAGAAGUGGAACAGACGCCACUUCAAGAAGCAUUGAACCAACUUGUGAGGCAACUGCAAAGGUGAGUUCUUGUCAGACUCCGAGCAUUUCUGAUACUGCUAGUAGAAAUUGCUAAAUAUUAGAAAAUGCUGUCUAACCAAUGUGUUAAUUUUUCUGAGCUGGAUUUUUCUUUCUUUUUCUUUCUUUCUUUCUACAUGAGUAAGUGUUGCUAUUACUGUCAACUGUAAAAUCUGCCAAGCUAAUGCAUGUUGAACCCAAGUUCUUUUAGUGUUGAUGAUGCAUAGUUCCUGCAUCAUCUUCCUUUAAUAAUGGUUUUCACUUUUAAUCAUUAAAUCUUUAUUGAAGUGGUUAUCCUCAAAUGCCUUAUGAGGAACGGCUAAGGGAGCUGGGCAUGUUUAGCCUGGAGAAGAGGAGGUUAAGGGGUGAUAUGAUAGCCAUGUUCAAAUAUAUAAAAGGAUGUCACAUAGAGGAGGGAGAAAGGUUGUUUUCUGCUGCUCCAGAGAAGCGGACACGGAGCAAUGGAUCCAAACUACAAGAAAGAAGAUUCCACCUAAACAUUAGGAAGAACUUCCUGACAGUAAGAGCUGUUCGACAGUGGAAUUUGCUGCCAAGGAGUGUGGUGGAGUCUCCUUCUUUGGAGGUCUUUAAGCAGAGGCUUGACAGCCAUAUGUCAGGAGUGCUCUGAUGGUGUUUCCUGCUUGGCAGGGGGUUGGACUCGAUGGCCCUUGUGGUCUCUUCCAACUCUAUGAUUCUAUGAUUCUAUGAUUCUAUGGUUCUAGAAAGUUACUGAUAAAUGGGUUGUGUUUCAAAAAUUGCUUACUCUGGAGUAGUUAUGGAAUAUCCUGUAGCUUUUUUAGGAUCUUGGUUUGUGGUCUAAGUUUAUCUUUCUUCAGAGGGCAUUAGGUUCUCCUAAUAGGAGAAAUCUGUCUGAAGUAUACUCUUGCUUAACCCAUCUGAACUUAGGGAAUUGUUCAUGUAACUUGACUACAGAUUAUAUGAAGCAUUGCUCCAUUAGGGCAAAAACAUUUUUUUAAAAAGGAGUUUAUCAGGGAAAGAGUGGAAGUAAGCAGUAGUUACUAGAGGAAGGUCAAAUUAAUUUUGACGAUUCCCGGCCUAUUCUUGCUUGUGGAUUUGGCCAAAAGCUAGUGGCAAUCUUCUCAGUCAGUGUAGUUGAGUUAUAUGUAUGAUUCGUGACUGGCUUGGACAACUCAUCUUUCAUAGUUUUUAGGUAUCUUGCAUACCCAUGUGGACCAGAAUGAGGAUUUGAUGGUUUCUCUCUUAGUUUUAACUUAGACUUGGUGAGGCUUGGACUAUUGAUGUUUGAAGGCUUUGCUCUAUGUAUUAACACUGCUUGGGGUUUUGGGAAUGCUGCCAGUCUUAAACUGGACCCUUCAAUUGAAGGUGAGAGUAAGAUUUUGCAAGCAUUCAACGGCCUUGUGAAAUAGAAUUGCUUUCCCUGCCAUUGAUAUUAUAAUCCAUUUUGGUGUUCUAAGGAGAGACAGAAUGUGGCACCUGUGGUUUGGUUUAGAAAUGUCAAACAUGUUUUAAAAAUAAAAUCCCAUCAAAAGUAAAAAAAUAAAAUAAAAAGGGAGGGUGAGACUGCUUCCAGGCAGCACCUCUACAACUUUAAAGAAAUGCAAGAUUGUAUUAUUAGGGCAAAAGCUCUCUUGUUUCAGUUCAGUUCUGUGGUUUCUUUCAAGUUGGAGUCUUCUCUCCUAUUUAAUACUAAGCUCUGUCUGUUCUUUGUUAUAGAAAUGAAACAUAAAGGGCUCUUCUUUUCAUUUCUUAACAGAAAGGAUCCAAAUGCUUUCUUUUCAUUUCCUGUGACUGACUUUAUUGCUCCUGGCUACUCCAUGAUCAUUAAACGCCCAAUGGAUUUUAGUACCAUGAAAGAGAAGAUCAAGAACAAUGGUUACCAGUCCAUAGAAGAACUAAAGGUGCUUUUAAUUUAUAUUUUAACUGUAGAGGGGGGAUUAGACGUUGACACUUGCUGGUACUAGCAAUUGCAUUGUGCAGGUUUUUUCAAUAUUUUAUUCAUUUUGGGGCUGCACUUUCAUAGUUUAUGAACACAUAGAAUAAAAAAUUGGCGCAUCUGGCUUUCAGAGUUGUUCAUUUGCUUUCUUUAGAGAGAGUCUUUGUGAAUGUUUUCAAGAGACAUUUUUCAUGUUCCAGGGUGUUGGAAAUUUUGUGUGUGUGUGUCAAGGAGAAAAAACUGAACAGCAGAAGUACUUGAUCUUUUAAAACAAGGAUGUGAAAUGAACCUGGUCAUUAGUGCAUCAGAGUAAUAAAUACUUGUAGCCAUAAUUAAGUGACUCUUCACCAUUGUAUUAAUAAGGUUGAGGCUUUUCUGUGUUUAAGAGAAUUACUUAAAUCACAGAAGCAUGUAAAUAUGUUUGUGUUGUUGUUGUUUUCUUGAGAAAUGUAGGAAACAAACUUUAGCACACAGGACAGUAGUAAGAAUCCCUAGUGUUCUUCCAGAAUGUAAUACAAUUGCAUAACUGAAACAAAUAUUGUGUAUAUUGACUCUCAUCCCCCCCCCUCCAAAAAAAAGUUUAGGAAAUUUUAAAAAAUGCAACUUGCCUCUUUCCUGCCUUAUAUAGCACUAUAUUUUAAAAUGCCUGCCCCAACCUUUUAUCCUUUUAUUUGCACAUUUUAAAGAAAAACACGUGUGAUUCCCUUAUUACUGUUGUCAUCCUGACAAAAAGAGCCCUCUGAUCUCUUGGGAGUACUGUCUGCAUUGAGCAUUGCCUUUAUCAGCACAUUAAUAUGAAAAGUGUAAAGUCAGAUGUCUGUCAUAAGCAUCUUUGGUCUCAGAUCAAAUCUGUCAUCUUUAACACACAUCAACUGCUGGCCUUGUGUUUUGCAAACUAAUAUCUAAGUAAAAGGAUACCAAAUCCCAACCAGAGACUCAGCCUGUCACUCUUAAGAGCUUCGAGGUGGCAGAGAAUGCAGGCCUGGUGCCUCUUCUGCCAGCUAAUGCAAUGAUUUCUUAGCCUGUCCUUUUUUCUAUCUGCAGUAGUACUGUAGUUAGAGGUGGGUCAGGAGAGAAACUAUUAGAACAGUGGAGUAAGAUAGAACCAUGGAGUAGCAAUGCUUCCUAUCUGCAUGUGCGCACACAGCAGUGCUGUCUACGCAUGUGUGUGCACACAAGCGUUGUUGCUAGGUUGGAACUUGGAAAUCCUACUAAUAAACUGUAUAGACUAACUUGCACCUGUAUUAUGAUGCAUUAUUCCUAUAUCCUCCAUAUCAUGAGGAUACUUUUUAUAGCCAGGCAGAACAAACAGUGCUUAUGUUCUCAAUUACUAGCACCUGCCAUCUUGUCCACAGUACAAAUUUCCAUACAUAAAGGGGCAGAUAUAUUUUCUAGGAAACAUUCCUGUAAGUUCCUACUUAUGUGUCUUACUUCUUCUGUUGAUACAGGAGAACUUCAAACUGAUGUGUACUAACGCCAUGGUCUAUAACAAACCAGAGACCAUUUAUUACAAGGCUGCUAAAAAACUCUUGCAUUCAGGAAUGAAAAUACUCAGCCAGGUAACUGAAUUAAGGAAAUAAUUCAAGAGGUAUUGGAGUUUUGUUGGCUUGUGUACAUUUCCAUUUGUGUUGAAUAGAGAAGAGGCCAUUCUUUUUUAGCUAAAGGCUAAGUCAUUGGGUUAAUUCAAUAAGUAGUUCUUUCUUCUUUAUCUCUCCAAGAAUAGUUAGAACUUAAAGUUUGAUUGUUUGCAAGUUAUUUGUAUUAGAACCCUACCUACUUGCUUGAUCUUUCUUCCAAGGAUCGCUACAGCUGCAAUCCUAAACACAUGUAUUAGGGACUAAGUCUUUUGAAUUCAAUGGGACUUACUUCCCUACACCCCAUUUUUUCUCUGCACCUCUUACCUACCCAGUGGGCAGAUGGGGGAAGCACAGAGCACACUCAACAGGAAUCUGAACUGAUAGCUUGUGGUAGGCUUCUCUCCCCAUCUCCUUCCAUUGCUAGCACACAGUGCUGCUAUUCUAGAAAAAGAGAUGCCAGAACUCACCAUGAACACCUUCUUCAUUCUUUUAGAAUGGCAAUGGUGCCCACCUGAGCGGUGCUGGAACUGAGUUCCUGUGAGUUCUCCCUGGGGAAAAAGCACUGCUAGUACAACUGCUUUUACAAUAUUUUAUUAGCGCAGAACAUGGACCUUCAGUUUGGGGAAAAGACUGCAGACUCUGCAAGGGUUCUGUGACAGCUUUGCAGCCCUCUUCCCCCCUCUGAAGACCCCUUGUAACUGAAAGAAAAGCACUUAAUGAUUAGGCAGUUUUAAAAUGGGGGGCUCACAUACAGUAUGAAGUUUUAAACCUGCAUGGUUUGUUUCCUUAGGAAAGAAUCCAGAGUUUGAAACAAAGCAUUGACUUCAUGGCAGACCUUCAGAAGAGCAGGAAGCAUAAAGAUAAAACAGGUCUCCAGUCAGGUGAAGAUGAUGAUGGCUUUGGGAAAGAUGCAGACUCCAUGGACAUAGACCUCAGAGCCUUUAAAACACCUAGCAAAGAACUCAAGAAGUAAUUACUCUGCAAAGGGCUUACAUAUUUCUUUCAUUUCAGCAAAAUUAGGAGCAAGCAGCCCCAGGCUGCAUUGGAAGCAACUAUCUCCAGUAGCUCUGAAUAGGGAUUAAACAAAUACAUGGAAGAAGACUGGUCUGUCAGUAGCACUUAGGCAUGAUGGCUACAUGGAACACCUCUGUACAGAGGCAUCUAUAGGGACCUCCCAUUUUUGGGUAGCCUUAGCCAAAGAUCUUAGUCACCAGUCCUAUUCCACCACCACCCACUUUUUUUCUGAAGGAAAAGGUGCACAGAAUCUUCUGGCAUUGGCACUCACCCACUUGCCUUUCCAGCUUCAGAGCAGGGAAAAAGCCAGUUGGUAGGAGUUGCUAGAUUGACCAUGCUUGGGUGCCUUUACCACACAACUGCCAAUUAAUCCUCAGCCAAUCCUGGAGCUGGAGAGGCAGCAAGAGUUUGCUAGAACUGCCAGUGGAUAACAUUUAUAGUAGAAACUACAAUAGUAAACACAAUAGCGAGAUACAAUUUAAUAUAAUGAAAACUAUCCUAUUACAGAAUUGACUUGUCUCUUCUUCUUUUUUUUUUGGUACUUAUUUGCACUCCGGUAAAACUUCAGGUUCAAAUUAUGUUGUCCUGUUGUAUAAGACAAAUUUUAGAAACAUUGGGUUGUAUCCAGCUAAGUUUUACUCAAAACAAAGCCAUUGAAAUUAAUGGACCUAUAUUAGUCAUGUCCUGUAAGUUCAGUGGGACUAUUUAGAAAACAAACAACAUUGGAUACAGUCCCUUCUGCUUGAAAUAAUACUUUCAGACUGAAGGAUGAUGACAUGCACAACGAAGGAAGCAAGUUACUGGCAAAUGAAUUCCACCUUCACUGCCAAAUGUGCCACUUUAUUUUAAACUGAUGAAGAACUUCUUGGAAUUUACCAGUUAUUGACUGCACACAUUCUAAAGCAAAGUUUUAGACUUGGUGGUAUUAAACCCUUUUUUUGCUAUCUUAUAUACUAUGAAGGGGUACAGUAAUGUAUAUAGUUUUGGGGGGGGGUUGUCUCUUUUUAAUGUAUGUUUGUUUUCUAGGAAAGAGAAAGAGCUACUUGAAGAAAAAAUAAGGAAUAGUAAUUUAGAGAGGGAACAAGAACUGAUUGAACAUAUCAUCAGAGAAUCAGGAGGAAAGUUAACAAAAAGACCUGCUAAUGCUCAGGUAAACGGAGAAAAGAAUAUGGAUGAUGCUCAUUAUCUAGAACACCAUAACAUACCGUAUUUUUCGCUCUAUAAGACGCACCAGACCACAAGACGCACCUAGUUUUUGGAGGAGGAAAACAAGAAAAAAAAUAAUCUGAAUCCCAGAAGCCAGAACAGCAAGAGGGAUCGCUGCACAGCGAAAGCAGUGAUCCCUCUUGCUGUUCUGACUUCUAGGAUAGCUGCGCAGCCUGCAUUCGCUCCACACAUUUCCCCUUACUUAUUAGGAGGGAAAAAGUGAGUCUUAUAGAGCAAAAAAUACGGUAAGUUAAAUACGUUUCAGUCCCUUUCAUUUGAUGUUUCAAUGAUUGAUGUGAUUACAAAUCUAAAGUCUCAUAAUAUCCAUUCAUUGAAGCAAUAAACAAAACAGCCUGCUAAAUUAUGUAUGACUCUGUCAUCCUAGCUUUGUAGGCUGUGCACAAAAGACACAUUUUAAUGGCUUGAUCUUUAUUUCAGUGUGAGUUUGAAAGAAGAAAACCUGAUGGCACAACCACCCUGGGACUUCUUAAUCCAGCAGAAAAUAACACAGGGGGUAAUGCUUGCACUGAGUAAUUUUAACAACCUUUCCCCUUGGUGGUGUGUAUUACUGAUGGAUUUCUACACUUAGUAGAGGUGCAGAGGAAGUCUCUUGAGGCUGUCCCACAUUCCUCCCGUGCUAGCGUUCCUUAGAAUUCCCACUUCGCAUCUGGCUGCUUCUGGUCCUGCUUAAAUGGUCCCUGUUUGAACAGUUAGUCCAGAGACAGUCAGAAUGGGAUGUCCUUCAUGAGAAUGCUGUUUGAUUUAGGGAAUAAUGACCUAACAUCUUGGAAUAUUCCAUGGCAUUUUUAAACAAGUGCCUUCCAGAAGCAUGAUUCCUUAUCUAGCAAAGAUGGGGGACCUGUGCCUGCCCAGAUGUUGCUUGGCUUCCCAUCCAGUAUGCCCAGAGCUCAGGGAUGAAUGGAGUUGUAGUCCUGAGCCAUCUGGAUGGUCUCAGGUUUCCCAUCCUUGCAAUAUAGCUUAAUAAUUUCUAUGCAUAAGGUCCCAAAUUCAGUUCCCUGCCUUCACCUGCUCAGUUACGUAAAUUAUAAUAGAUUAGCGUGGACAUUUCUGUUUUAGGGUCGUUAUUACAACUACCUUUUUCUUCCUUAGUGCAUUUUUAUGACUUAUAGUUGAAUCCAGGACUAAGGUGUUUUUAAGGGACAAUUUUUCAGUGUUUAUGCUCACAAAGGCUUUAGAAAAACCUAGUAAAUAUUCAGAAGGGAGAUGUUGUGUGCAUGUGGCUAACUUAAGUCCUAUAACUUUCUUUUUGUUCAUAUCUCUUGAGUGGUAGAAAUCGGACAUGGCUCUGCAAAGUUGGGUGUCACAGCUGGAAGACUGCAGUCAGGUGUAAAUACAUUACAAGGGUUCAAAGAAGACAAAAGAAACAAAGUUACUCCUGGUAAGUGUGACUUCUAAUUUAUGUUUAGUGGUGCCCUUGAAUGCAACAAGGCUGGCAGAAAUUACUCCGGUCAGCUAUGAACCACUGAUUGAGUACCCUGUAGACCUUGCCACGUUUAACUAUGUCUAGGCAUGUACUUAUAUGUUACCUGGAGGGGUGGAGCAGACAGAUAACCUCUUUGAGUAGCCACAGGUGGAAACAGCCAGCACUCUCCUCAACAGGCUGCAGCUGCCUUUGCCCAGGCACACCCUUCUUCUUUCCUAGAGGAAAUGAGCACUGGGAAUUAAAGCUGAAAUAAAGUAUGAAAGUUAGAGGUUUGCUUAACUGUGCACUAUUGUAAACAGUCUUUUGAGAAUUUUUCUAAAAGGUGGCCCAAUUACUAUAGGUGCCACAUAAUACCCGUUCCACAUUUGUAAGAACUCUUAUAUUUAGUGUGACAGCACCUGCACUUUGGAACUCUCUGCCUCUUGAAAACAAACAGGCGCCUUUACUAUGCUCUUUUUUUGUGCCUGCUUAAAACGUUAUCGUUCAGACAAGCCUACCUAGAUGCUUCGAAAGUUGAGGUAAAUUUAAUCUGUUUUAGCAUUUUAGCUUUUGGAUGUUUUUAAGUAUGGUUGUGAUUUUCUUAAUUUUAUUGUUUUAACUUUUUGCAAACUGCUUUGAGGUUUCUUUUAAAAUCAGGCAGUGUAUAAAUUUUAUGAAAUGAAUAAAUAGUAUUACAUACCAACAUGUUUGCAAGUAUAGUCACAUAUAGUACAACCUAGUCCUAAAAUAUCAGGCCCUUGUUUAAACUACAGGUUAUUUCAAUUCUAUGGGACAACUAAGAACAGGUUUAUGCAUUUAACAGUUAUUAGUUUUUGUUGUUGUAAUUUGGUCUGUAGAGGAUACCAGGCUGCCUAAGAGAUUCGAGGCAGAAUUUAUGGCAUUGGCAGCCUGAGCAAUUUUAGCAGUCUCGUUCCUGUACUGCAGUGAUCUACCCCCUUUUGGGGGGUUCAGGUCAAAGUUCAGCUUUUUUUAGGGAGGAGGAAAGCCCCAUUUUUUAGGGGUUCAGGUCAAAGUUGUUGAGCUAUUUAAACAGCAUGAACAGCGCAAUUGUGCAACAUGAUUUGUGUAAGAGACAACCAAUGUGAACUUAGCUUCUAGGUGGUUUUUCCUCUCAUAAAUAUUGAAGGCUAUAUAUCAGAUCUCUUUAUAUCACCUAGUGCCUUCUGCAGUUGUUUGUGGUUGAUGUACUAAAAACCCCAUAUAAAAAGGAGAUUUUGCAUAUGUGGGAAAUAAGCAGAGGAGAAUCUAUUGUAUGACUUGGGCUAUAAAAAAACAAAAGAGAUUAGAGCUAAAUAUUUUGCUCAUUUACUACUUGGCAAGAGUUGUCGGUCCAGUCAGCAGAAAACCGAAUUGUUGCUAGCUUGCCGAAACAGAAGUUUUGUUGAACGAUCACAUCAUAUGCUUUGGCAGCUGCUAGAAAAGCUCAAAAGCUUUUAACAGUAUAUGCACUAGACUGUUUGAUCCCUGAAAAUAUAUGGGAUUUGUAUCCAUCAUCAGAACAAUUAAAAGCUUUACACAUUAUUAGUUUAGUCCUUAAAACUCAGCUAAUCUGAUCAGCUAACAUAGAUCAAAGCUGAAUCUGGGUGAUACCCAGUUGCGGUAUCCCACUUGUCCAAAUGCAGCUCUCUCUCCUCCCCUUUGCAGCUCCCUGCAAGUCAGGGAUUUGCAGGAUGCUGGGGGACUCUCUGGAGCAAGAUGGGGAGCUUCAUGGGGGUGGAGAGGAAGGGGAAGUCCCCUCACAUCUGCUGAUGCAAUGUUGGAUCUCGCUCUGUAUCCACAGUCUGUUCUCUUUGCUGAUGUAUUCAUUCUUGAGACAAAGCACAAACUGAAUCACAGAAAUUCGCAUCACUUGAUUCAUUCAAGAGUUGAAACAUAUGACUUGAGGCUUUUAAGAUAUCUACACUGUGUGGCAUAAUAAUAUUUUCACACUCUUAUUUCAAUAUUGGGGCACUGCAUAUAGCCACAUAUGUACCUGUUAAACCAAUUUGGAUUUGCAAAAGCAGUUUUCUUUGGGCAUGCAUGCUAGUUGAAUCUGGGUUGACAAGCAAUUAAUAGAAAUGCCAGUUUUAAUAAACCAGUUGUUAUGGAAUGUAGCUCUGGUGUGGUAUGAAUUCAGCAACCUAGUUGUGCAAGGUAAAAGUGGAUAGGUUCAGACACAAGACUUGCACAACAUAGGUGGAGGGGAUUGGUCAGAAUUGUGGCAAUACUAGGCACAAUCUUUACCCAUGUCAGGAUACUGUUGGACUAAAGAUCCUAUCAUCUUUGAACAUGUUGACUGGGGCUGUCUGGAGGACACCUUAUUGGCUACUCCUGAAUUAUGCAUUCUGUGCUCUUAGUUUGUUUGUUUGUUUGUUUGUUUGUUUGUUUGUUUGUUAGCUUAGUUUGUUGUGUUUGUUAGGGCUUUGCUUCUCCCUAACAAGCCAGGUUUAAUAAGCAAACAUCAAACUCUAACUUAAGGUUGGCUAGUGAGCCUGGAUUGCUAGGGAGAAUCAAAGCAUAGUCUCAGAUUCAGAUGCCAUGUGAAACUAUCCCCUUCCUGGUUUGAUUAGCAACUUGUGUAAAGGUGGGAAUGAAGCAGCAAUUCUGCCAGCCUCCAGCUCUUACACAGUAUAGUUUAUUAAGUUUAUUAAGUCAAAAUCCUUGUGUACAUGGCCUUUGAGUGAAUAAAACUACGUUUGAGAAAGCAUUUCAUUCAUUCUGAAAGAAAUAUUUAAUGACAGUUGCUUCAGUGUUUCCCCAGCAUUUACAAUUUUCUGUUGGAAGAAAUGGUGACUGGCAGUGGGAAGAGGAGGCACCCCCAGCGUAUUAACCAGAGUAUUAACAUCUCUGGUUGCCUGGCACUAGGACAGGUGUACAGUGGUACCUUGGGUUACAUACGCUUCAGGCUACAUACGCUUCAGGUUACAGACUCCGCUAACCCAGAAAUAGUGCUUCAGGUUAAGAACUUUGCUUCAGGAUGAGAACAGAAAGCAGCAGGAGGCCCCAUUAGCUAAAGUGCUGCUUCAGGUUAAGAACACUUUCAGGUUAAGUACAGACCUCAGGAACGAAUUAAGUACUUAACCCGAGAUACUACUGUAAUUGAUAGGGACGCGGGUGGCGCUGUGGGUAAAACCUCAGCGCCUAGGACUUGCCGAUCACAUGGUCGGCGGUUCGAAUCCCCGCGGCGGGGUGAGCUCCCGUCAUUUGGUCCCAGCUCCUGCCCACCUAGCAGUUCGAAAGCACCCUUAAGUGCAAGUAGAUAAAUAGGUACCACUUUAUAGUGGGAAGGUAAACGGCGUUUCCGUGUGCUGCUCAGGUGCCGGUUCGCCAGAGCAGCUUCGUCACGCUGGCCACGUGACCCGGAAGUGUCUGUGGACAGCGCUGGCUCCCGGCCUCUAGAGUGAGAUGAGCGCACAACCCUAGAGUGUCAAGACUGGCCUGUACGAGCAGGGGUACCUUUACCUUUUACCACUGUAAUUGAAGCAACAGUAAUUUCUUGGCACUCGUGGAACUGGGUUCUCGGAGCCCAAAGAGGCUUUCUUUACUCUGGCCAGACCAGGUGCAAUAGAUUUAAAGUGCUGUUAGCUUUAAAUCGAGAAGCUGUACUUCUUCUUCCAACAAGCAGUAAACACCUGUGAAGAGCAAAUCUGUUGUUAAAAGGGACGUUCAGUCUAACACAUGUGAGAAUAUUAAUUCCGGCUCUUAUUUUUCAUUAGUGAUGUACUUGAACUACGGGCCCUUUAGCUCUUAUGCUCCAGCUUAUGACUCCACAUUUGCAAAUAUCAGCAAGGAUGAUUCUGAUUUAAUCUAUUCCACCUAUGGGGAAGAUUCUAAUCAAGGGAAUUUUAAGUAAGUAGGCUUAUUUUUGUCUUUAUCCUGAUGACUUUGAAUUAAAAACCUCUUUUAGAAAUGUUCACAUAUUGGCAGGUGGGGGGGGGGAGUGUUUCUUUUCCUGCUACUGGCAUUGGCACUAGCAAGAGAAUGGAACUUGACUGCAGCUUUUGUAUUCUUUAUUUUUGACUAGUUGAUGCGGGGCUUUUCCUGGAAUAACACUAACUCAACAGGGAAGCUAGUGAGUUCUUAGUAUUUCGAUUUUUACAUCCCAUCCAUUACAACCUUUGUCCUAAUACAAAUAAAAAUCUAAAUUGUGGUAUGAUUCUGAGAGAUGCUUUUUCUACGCACAUAAGUUUCCCUUGGGGGUCUCAGUUGGCUGGAUCUCUUCUUGUGUCUCAGCUUUCCUGACUGGUUCAUAGAUUCAUAGAGUUGAAAGGGACCCUGAGGAUCAUCUAGUCCAACCCCAUGCAAUGCAGGAAUAUGCAGCUGUCCCAUACGGGGAUCGAACCUGCAAGCAUGGCAUCAUCACUGUCAUUCUCUAAUCAACUGAGUUCUCCAGGUUUUUUGUGAGAGAUGGAGGAAUGAGCGCUGGGGUUGGGCACCUGCUGGAGUGGUAUUUGGCAUGUUAGGUGUAGCCACGUCAUAGGAACCAACUCCUAAGGGCCAAAGGGGCUUUGCUCCCCCCUCAAUGAAAUAUUUGAGGCAGCUGGGUUCCCCCAAAGUUGAUGGGCAUUGCCAUUCAACUGGUGUGUCUGCACAACAUCAUGUGAUCAAUUAUGUGGGGCGGGGCUUACCUGGCCCUCCCCCAAUAUUUUAUUUAAGUUGGCACCCCUGAACCCCAUAUUUGUAGAAAGCUUGCUUAGUGUUGCUUUAUCCUGGUUGCACCUUGGCUUUUCCAAGACAAAUUCAAGAUAGCGUACAUUAGGGUGUAAUGUUCUCUCCCCCACCACUGCACAUACAAUUCCCUUUGCUAUCAGCCUCCCUCCUGCACCCACCAAAUGAAGCACAGGGUACACAGACUGAUUAGAAUACCACCUUUUGCAUUGAACAUACAUAGCUCCAGUUUUUACCAUUUCUAGGAAACGUCAGUGAUAACUAGCACUGCAAAUUUACACAAGUUACGAGCCUGUGGAUAAUAAUGCAUGUCUGCAUCCCAAUACAGAUGUGAAUUUAAAAACAUAUCCAAGAAAGGGAAAAUCUAUAAACUUAAGAGAAAUCACCAGUUAACAUCCCUAGUGGUUCUGAUAUUAUAAAACUUUUUUUAAAACAGAGAACAAAACAAAACCUCAAAGGUAAGUAGUGAUUUUAUUUUUAUUUGUAAGAUUGUUUCUUGUAAACUAAUUGGCAUGCAAUUUUGUUGCUUUUAUCUUCAGCAUCAAUGAGUUCCUGGCAAAAUCUCAAGACUACCCAUAUGUAAUGGCGGACAGUUUGUUGGAUGUUUUGACCCAAGGAAGGCAUUCUCUCUCACUCAGAGAACUUGAAAAGGUGAGACUGCUUGUGUGUGAGCAUCUGUAUCAGGGUGAAGCAAUAUGUACCGUAUUUUUCGUCCCAUAGGACGCACCUAGUUUAUUUGGGGGGGGGAAAUAAAUGAAAUCCCCCCCUUUAUUUCCCCCCCAAAACCAGGUCGAGGAACAAUGGGAUGGCGGCGCUGCGCCUCCUUGCUGUCCCCCGAGCUUGUGGGGCUGGCCGAUGUCUGUCCGGUGCGUGGGACGCUCUGCUUCAGGGCGCCCUUCAGGGCGCCCUGUCUAGGCUGCUAUCCACAGCGUGGGGAGUCCUGCGGGGAACUCCUGCAGGGCUGCCUAGGCUGCGGAUGUGUUCCCGAAGCGCCGGGCGCUCUGCUUUCAGCGCGCCCGGUGCUCCGGGAAGCAGGCUGCUAUCCGCAGCCUAGACAGCCCUGCGGGAACUCCCGCAGGGCUGCCUAGGCUGUGGAUGUGUUCCUGAAGCCUGGAGAGCGAGAGGGGUCGGUGCGCAUCGACCCCUCUCGCCCUCCAAGCUUCAGCGAAAGCCUGCAUUCGCCCCAUAGGACGCACCCAGAUUUCCCCUUCAUUUUUGGAGGGGAAAAAGUGCGUCCUAUAGGGCGAAAAAUACGGUAGUGUCCUCCACACUACAACUCUCAUUAUCCUUAACUGUUCACCCUACAAGCUGAGGCUGAUGGGAGUUGCCCUCCCAAUGUUGUCGAACUACACUUUGGCUACUCCCAAAGUGUAAAUGGUGGAGUGGAAAUCAUGGCAUUAAGGAGUCCAUAGACAUGGGGACAAUUACCCUGGACUGCAAAAAGAAUCUACAUGACAGAUAUUACUUAUGAGACCAGGUACUAGUUCUCCUUGAGAAAGCAUGUUGGAGGAAAGGCAUACCUUUAGAAAUAUUUCAAACUAUGUUUUUAUAUAAGAGCAUUUAACUCACCUGGAUCCCACUGUGAAGUUUUCAUUGAGAAAUUUAUUCCCUGUAAUGGGGUUAAUUAGCAGAAAACUAGCUUGAUAAGAUGUGUGUGUGUUAUAAGCUAAGUCUGCAAUCAUGUGCACAGGCUGCUUAAAACCCAUCAGCUUUAGGUCAGAUUUUUAUGUCCCUUCAGUGUCAUGGGGACCCACAGCAGUAUUAUUCCUUCCUAUAUCACUGUGGUAAUAUGAAAAGCCUGGGAUUACAUAGGAGAAGCCCUCACUGUCCACUUCAAGCAAAUAUAACCAACAUCUGGAAGGCACCCACCAUGGAGUGUUUGAAAUCAGAGGUGGCGCUGUGGGUUAAACCACAGAACCUAGGACUUGCCAAUCAGAAGGUCAGCGGUUCAAAUCCCCUCGACGGGGUGAGCUCCGGUUGCUCAGUCCCUGCUCCUGCCAAACUAGCAGUUCGAAAGCACGCCAAAGUGCAAGUAGAUAAAUAGGUACCGCUCCGGCGGGAAGGUAAACAGUGUUUCCGUGCGCUGCUCUGGUUUGCCAGAAGUGGCUUAGUCAUGCUGGCCACAUGACCCAGAAGCUGUACGCCGGCUCCCUCGGCCAAUAAAGUGAGAUGAGCGCCGCAACCCCAGAGUCGGCCACGACUAGACCUAAUAGUCAGGGGUCCCUUUACCCUUUACCUUUAACCAGUUGAAGGGGUUGAGCAGCUUGAAAACUUUAUCCUUCUUUUCCAGUUGCAGCCAGCAGAAGAAGCUGAAUGUCUGUGUGAAAAGUCUGCUACAAGCAAGGAUGUGGAGGUGAUACUCUUCUGAAUUUGAUUGAGCCUUUAGGCAGUGAAAGGUUCUCAUGCAAGCCAGUUAGAAUAAUUUGUUUCAAGUGCCAAAUUUUAUGUACUUCUACAUAAAUCCGGAACAGCUGACUUGCUCUUUACUGUGCAGCUUUGGAGAUAAACUUCCAACUCUGUGUUGCGACCUUUCAUUCAUAGCAUAAAAAUCAAGUUAUGUAAAGUUCAACUUAUUGUGCCAUGGUCAGAUUUUAAUUGCAGUCAUCUGUAUUCUCCAGCCACAGCUUGUACUAUUAUAAAGAAACCUGUUUUAACUCCUUAUUACUUUGAAAGCUAAGCCCUCACAAAUUCAUGCUGUUGUGCAAGAUAGUUGCUGCUGCCUGUUCAACAUAACUGUUGUAAACAGGAGACAUUUGAUGAAGGAGGUGUUCAGGUAUAAAUGUAUUACUAAGGUAUCCUCAUCUGACUCAUUGGCAAAUGGAUGAGAUUCAGCAGAAUGGUUUAAUUGCCUCUCUUUUGUUGUAAAUGUUGAAGAUGGAACAUAGUCCCAGAUAUUAUAGUUUACCAGCUGAUAUUGGAGUAGUUCUAAGUCUGCGCUUGAGGGAAUAGAGAACCAAUUAUAGUGGUUUAAACAAUCCCACUUAGUAUAUAGCAGGGAUGGGAAAUAUGUGGCCCUCCAGCUGUUGGGCUAUAACAGCCCCAGCCAGCAUGCCCAAUGGACAUCUAGAGGGCCACACAUUCCCCAUUCCCUGAUGCCUAUUUUUGAUCUGAAGAAAAGGUUGAGAGUCACCACAAAUGCACUGCUUGGUUCAAAUAUUUUAUAUAAAUUUGGGGUUUGCUUGAUUUUUAAGAACCUGCAUUUGUUUGCCAUCUACAGAUUCUGGAAACGGCUCUACCCAGUAGGUUUGACUCCUCUCUUAGUAAGGAGAGGCUGACAGCACUGAGAGCAGUAACCAAUUUUGGAAUGCCUGUGGAGGAGUUUGACUCAGAAGGUGAGUGGCAUGAGCUGUGCAGUUGUUGCUUUGCAAGGCUUCUUGGCACAUUCCAGCCCAGCUGAUGUCUGCCCAAAACUUCACUUUCAAUUGAACAGAAGCAGAGGUCUUCCAGAAAAAACUUGAUGAAACCACAAAAUUGCUUCGGGAGCUUCAAGACGCUCAGAAUGAACGACUAAGUACGAAGCCACCUCCGAACAUGAUCUGCCUUUUGGGCCCAUCUUACAAAGAGAUGCACUUGGGUGAGUGUGGUGCUGCUGGCAUGUGAAACCGUUAAAUUUUAGACACGUCCUGGUUCUUUAGUCUAACCUCUGCCCUGCUAGUAACUUCUUUAAAAUGGAUGCUGGUUGUCUUGGUAACCACAUUUAUCAAAUGGAGCAGCAUUGCCACGACAAUAUAGGGACAUCACCUUCCUGGAUGUCAUAGAAGAGUGGAAGAUGUGUGGUUGUUGGCGGGGAUUGAAAUGCUAGUUACUGCAAGCUGAAGGGGAUUCCUUUGUGCCUGGCUGGCUGCUGCAGGCAGAGGGGCCAAGCCUGGAAAGCUAGAUGAAAGUAAUCUUCCCCUGCCCCCACUAUCUGAAGUCAUGAUGGACAGGGCAGGGCCAGCAAAGACUCUGCAGCUAGUGCACAGAGCAGGUUAGAUACAGUAGCCACAACAUAAGUAAAAUACAUCUAGCAUUGCGUUCUUAGAAACGCAGCAAUGGGAAACACGGUAGUGCAUUUCACUUCCUUAUUGUUCCUAUUGUUAUACCGUCUGGAGGGCUGCAUGGCUUACUGUGCAUGAGGUGAUUGUGCCUGCUUUGCUCCUCUGUGCUAGAGCACUGGCCCCCUAACCACAAUUCCUGGGGGCUUAGUGAUAUGUCAAAACCAGGGAUUGUGGUUUGUAUGGAGUGAAGCAAAUUAGGACCUUCUCAGUAGAACGCUCUCCCAUCUGAUGCCAACCCUGUUCAGGGAAACUUUUAAUGGCUGCUUAAUUGUGUUUUUAAUAUUUUGUUGGGAGCCACCCAGAGUGGCUGGGGCAACCCAGUCAUAUGGGUGGCAUAUAAAAAAUUAUGAUGAUGACCUUUGACUAGGAUAUUGUACUAAGCCAGUGACCAUGGUUUGUUCCCAUAGAGAAAAUGGCCCAGAUAGGUGAGUGAUUCAUCGUAAAUCAUUAACUCUGCCCCACUUUGCAUGUCAUGGAAAACCAAUGUGUGCAAACUAGUUUUAUAUGACAAAACCCUGCAUUUUUAGGCUGUUGGGGGGCAAUUAACAGACUUUAGAUAAACCUUAUAAAGUCAUACCAAUGUUUUACUGUUAACUUUUCCAGCGGAGAGAGUGACAAGUAAUCUAAAAGAGCUUGCACAACAAGUGGCUCCAGGAGAUAUUGUGAGCACAUAUGGCAUCCGUAAAGCGAUGGGGAUUUCAGUUCCUUUACCAGAUGCCAUGGACAGCUUUGUUGACUUAACAGAUGGUGAGUAACCACAGUGCAUUUCAGCAGGUCCCCAUAGAUUGGUUGUCCUGGAUGUGGUUCAUGAGUUGCUCACCACAUGGAGUAACUACAGUAACCAUAUUCUGUAAACUAGCACUUAAGAGGUACUUAACCCACAGAAGAAAUAAACAGUGAGAAAGUCUGACUUCUGUGUUGACCCUAUCACGUUGGACUAGUUAGAGCUGGAAGAUGUGCCUAAAUCUGACUUUGGCACAUUUUUGGCUUGACAUUUCCCCUUCCCUGUAGUGAAAGCAGCUUGUUAAUUCUGAAGCAGAUUCACACCAUUGUCUGUCUAAAUAGAGAGAAGCUAAUAUACCUCCACCUGUUUCCUUAGCCAAAACAAGCAAAGUAAUAAGCUGUUAAUGCUUUUUCCUCCCCAGAAGCAGAGGAACCUCCAAAAGCUCCUGUUCUCAGUGGAAAUGAAUGUGAACCAGUUGGUGGUACAUGAUGCUUCUUAUUUAAAUGGUUUUAAGUCUUUCUUUUUUAAAGAUUUGUCCCAGUGCAUGCAUGGGCACUUUGUAUACUUGUGUUUGAAUUCUUAAUAAAAACUUUAAAACCAAACC